AUGAGCAUCUUGUUGGUGAUGACAAAGGAUCGUUCUGGUGCAUACAGAGCUCGUCGACGGCGAACGCGAGUUCUUGAGCAACUUGAUAUCUAUACACGAUUUGUGUAUUACAACGAUGAUCCAGCCGUGGCAGAAAACAGCUCUAUGCUGGAGCUUCUUGUGAGGGCGGGGGUCUUCGCGUUAGCGAGCCCGACAUGUUUGAGCAAUGCAAAUUCGACUUGUCCGUGUUGCGAUCCUUUGUGCCAUUCGUGGGGUUUCCAGAAAGGCAUGGAGCACCCAACUAGGCUGAGAAGCCACCUGGUGUGCCCUUAUACGGGGAGAAUUAUGUUAUGUGGAAAUUCCGAUAAGUAG